AUGGCAGCAACUAUGUAUGGUUAUGACACGAUGCGAAGUGGUGAUGUUGUUUUAUUCUAUGUAAAUCGUGAUGGCCUACCAUUAUCAGAUCGAUGUAAUGAACGAAUGUGGAACUUUUGUAUAGAACAAAAUCCCAAACAUGCAUCUGAAAUUCAAACAAUACGUGACAGAACUAUUAAUUAUGCACCGAAAACAUAUCCUGAUCCACCUUAUCAUAUAGCAACUAAUCCUCGAUUAAAAGUUCAUGAGAAAUUACAACUAAUACAAAACUAUAUUCAACGCUUAGAAUAUAAUUAUACUGGCAUGCAAUUUUUUGAUAUAAAUCCAGCUCGAUCUAUAUAUGGAUUGAUGGACAUUGCGAAACAAAUGAUGACAGAAUCAUUACCGAUAAAAUGUUUCGAAUCAUUUUUAAUUGCAGUUUAUUUAACAACUGGUAUUAUUGGUCUUGAUCGUUUUAAUAUAUCAUUUAAAACAAGUUUUAAUUCAAUUAUUUACCGUCAUGUUGUUCUUGGUGUUAAAUAUCAACAAUACUAUGGUGCAUUAGGUUUAAGUCGUCGUGAUGAUCUUUCAUAUAAAUCAUUAGAUGGAAAAUAUGAACGUCUUUCAACACUUAUCGAUGAUUUUGUAUGUGCUUAUAAACGAUAUGGUCAUACUGUGCUACGUAUUCGAAUUGGUUUACCUAUAAUUCAUGAUUUGAAAUCAUUUUUAAAUAUUAAUUGGAAUGUACUGAAAAUUCUACCGAAUAAAACUGAUAAAAUUGAUUAUGAUCGUGAAUUAGAUAAAAUAGUUAGAUUAUGGAGACAAACAGAUAUGAAUUUGACUUAUCGAUCAGUUGCAUCAUUAACAUCAUUAAUUACAGCAGCAACAUUACCAAAUCGUGGACAAUCAAUACAAUUUCGACUAAAUCGUGAAACAUCAUUAACUUGUCGUCGAUCAGCAAUUAAGAAAACGUCGACAGCUACAGAUGGUGAUCAUUCGAUUGAAAAAGAUGAAUCUGUUCCUUUUGCUAUUCGUGUUUAA